UUUAAUUAGAAAACUAGGCUUAUAUCUGGAUAACUCUCCACUCUUCUACAACUUGUUUUUGUCAUUGUACUACUCCUAUUUUCAAGUAGAAAUUCUUGUUCUUUCAUAUUCCACUGGAAAAUAAAAAAGAGAAUAAAUUUGAUCAAGUGAUUUCUCAUCAGAAACAAUGGCGUCAUUUAGGGUUCCUCCUGCUGCUUUUUUGUUUCUGAUUGCACCUCUCCUUAUCUUGGCUCCGGUGAACUGCGAUGAUGAGGAAGGACACGUUCUUUCGGGUAUCAACAGUUACCGACAAUCCCACAACGUACCAGCGCUAACAAAGCACGACAAAGCAGAUUGCCUAGCUGACGAAAUCGCAGACGAGUUGGAAAACCAACCAUGCCCUAGGGGCGGCAUUACACCCGGUCCGGCAUCUCAAUUUGCUCAGUACCCGAAACUCUUAGAUAAGUGCGACAUAAACAUUAACACGACAACGGACGGCGUUAUCCUCCCGGUUUGUGUCCAUGACCGUGUUGCGACCCUUGUGAUAACGAACUAUACUCAGUCUCAGCAUGCGAGGUACCUUAACAAUUCUAAGUACACUGGAGCUGGAAUUGGCACUGAGAAUGAUUGGACUGUCUUGGUCUUGACCACAAAUACUGUCGGUGGAAGCUUUGCUAGUGGAGCUACUAGCAUGAUUAGUCAUGUGUUUGGUUGUAGCCAUUAUUUGAUGUUCUUGUUGUUAGGUCUCUUCCUAGUUAAUUAUGUUCAUUAAUAUGACUGGUAGUUGGCCCUUGUAGUAUCUGUAUUGACUGUUCUUCUGUAUAUGUGUGUAUUGCAAGGCUUUAUGUGGAUCAAUCAUCGUGUGCGUUUUAAUUUAAUGUGAUAAUUAAGCAAUUUCUAGAU